UUGGCGGUUUUCAUAGUUCGAACCUCAGGCUCAGCGCAUCCUUAGGAAACCUUCUAACUGCCAAAAUAUCUCAUCAAUGAUUCCCACUUUCGUCAUUUCAACGAAUUUUGAUCUUCCUUUCUUCUUCUUUUCUUUAUCGCUUUUAGGACAUCUCUACAAUGUUUGCUCUUUUUUUACGAACAAAGGAAGACAACUAAUUGUGGCGCUGGAUUUUGAAGAUGUUCGAUGGGAAAGUUAUCAAUGAUCAAGUUACCCCACAGGAUUCAGCAAUGAUGCCUCUAACCGCCAUGGCUGACGCCUUCGACGAGCUCGCAAAGAGGCUCAAAUGUCGGUUAAAUGGGUCCAUGGGACAAGAAAUGCUUCGAUUGGGCAACUUCUGCCAGGCUUGCUUUCUGGUAUCUUUUCUCUUUAAUUGCCUCGGCCUCGCUUUCAAGUUCGCUGAGCUGGAAUAUAUCGCCAAGCUACAUGCACUUGUGGAAGCAUCGAAAAGAUUUGACACUCUAGAUGAUAUUCUUGAUCAUGAUAUUGCACAUGAUACGGUCAAAACAGCAGGAAGCUUUUCACGUAAUCUGCGUAGAGUUCGACAGGGACUUGAUCUCAUCAGAGCCAUAUUUGAAAAUUUUUUGUCUACUGAUGAUAACUCCUUGAGAGAGGUAGCUUCAACAGCUUAUGCACAGGUUUGUGCACCAUAUCACACAUGGGCUGUAAGAACUGCUGUAGCUGCUGGGAUGUAUACACUUCCAACAAGGGACCAACUGUUGGAAAGGCUCAAUGAAACAGAUCAAUCAGCUGAAAAGAAAAUGAGAAGGUACAUCAAUGCCUCACUACCAGUUAUAGAAUACAUCGAUAAACCUGUACCUUUCUCGAAAUAUUAGACUGGAUUGGUGAAUUU